AUGUAUUAUAUAUUUCCAGAAUCGCAUUCCUUUGAUGAUCAUUGCACUCCGUACCUUAGUCAGCUAACCGACGAGCAGAUAUCUCAGUUGUCGAACCUGAUAGGCGACGGUUGGAUUAAGUUAGCAAAUUAUCUGGACAUGCCGUAUGCAGCUGGUUCGCAACCCGGUUUGCUGUCGGCACAAGAAGCCUGCUCAACGAUUCUGUCACUCUGGUGUGACCUGAACAAAACCAAAGACCGUGUUCGGUUGUUACGUAACGCGCUGCUUGAAGCUGAACUGUUCAACGAAGAGGUUGCCGCCGUUCUGGCUAAACCCGAUGAAAUUGAGAUGAGCUCAUCUGAGGAUGUCACCGCGGAAUCCGAAGAAAGAGUAGCGACGCCCGUACAGGACGAGAACGAGCCGAACGUUAUGCCUUAA